AUGGCUUCAAGCGACAACAAGCUCCGAGGGCCUUCCAAGCCCUCGAAGGCAUUGCGCAAAAAAGUCCAGAAAAUAUUGGAAGAGCUCACGGACUCAGAUGAUGAGAACGCAUCAUUGGAAGGUGCCACGGAGGAAUAUUUCCUGCGACGAGAGGAGGUCCAAAGGCGCGAAAAGGCACUUGGGUUCGACCACCAUUGCACAACGGAGGCCGAAGAAUGGGAGGUGAACGCAAACACGGUGAUCCAAAGAAUCAAGAAGAUGGACGUUAGAGAUGUCUACGACAAGGAGGCCAGAAUUGAAGGGUAUGCUGGACAGAAACACAAGCGCGUGCCUGGGGACCGUUUCCUACUCAAUGCCCCAAUUGUUGAGGAGACGAGACUCUACCGAGCUAUCCAGAAGAUGCCCAAAGGCGCCCAUCUUCACAUACAUUUCAACGCCAACCUGCUCCCUCACGUCUUGCUCGACAUAGCCAAGGGCCAAACGCACAUGUACAUCACGAGCGACAUACCUCUAACCAGCAAGAAGGCCUUUGAGCGAUGCCGUUUGUGGUUUAACAUUCUGAGCGGUGUAAAUUCCGAGAAAGAGAAGUCGAACUUACCGCUGGAUCUCUUUGGCAAUCCCCAUGGACCAGCAUUGACUUAUGCCGGCACGGGCGUUAAGGAGAAGGCCAAAAAUGAGUCUGGCAAUGCGCAACGCAUCUUGUCUAAAGAUGCGAGACACAUCAUGUCUUACGGAGCAUUCCGCACAAAGUUUGCGACGAAUUAUACGGCGCAUUACAAAGACGACACCAACGAUCCGUUAAGAGGACUGGGAGGCGAAAAGCUUGUCGACGAAUACCUGACACGCAAAAUUGUGUUUCAGGCGGAUGAAGCUUACAGUCCACAUCAAACGGCAAAGGGUGCCUGGGAGAGGUUUGAUACUCAUACACAGAUCAUGAAAGGGCUGUUCAAUUAUAUGGCAGCAUAUAAGGAGUACACGAGAAAGUGCUUGGAGGAGUUCGUGAACGACAACAUCCAAUACGCCGAGAUUCGCCCCAACUUCAUGAAGAACAACCAGGUUUGGCACAACGACGGGGAGGCUCAGAUUAACAAUUUCGGAAUAAUGGAUCUCAUCAUCGGUGUGUAUGAGAAAUUUCAGAGGGAUCAUGGGGGGAAAGUCUUCAAGGGGCUUAAAAUCAUCUACUGCACGCCACGGUCUUUCGACACCACUCAGGUCAAAUUUGCCCUGGACGAGUGUCUGGAUAUGAAACUCAGUAAAUACGGUAAAUACAUUGCAGGGUUCGAUCUUGUCGGUGAGGAAGGCGCAGGGCAUCCACUCAGCUACUUUAUUCCGCAGUUCCUAGAGUUCCAGAAGAAAUGUAAGGCUGCAACGCCCGCGGUUGAGAUUCCGUUUUUGUUCCAUUGCGGCGAGACGCUGGAUGUCGGCACGGAGACCGACGGCAACCUGUUGGACGCUCUUCUUCUCGGAUCAAAACGUAUCGGCCAUGGUUUUGCGUUAGCUUGGCAUCCAUACGUCAUGCAGCAAAUGAAGAAGAGAAAUGUCUGUGUCGAGGUUUGCCCUAUUUCCAACGAGAUAUUGGGCCUCACCCCGAGGAUCAGCGGGCAUACAGUUUAUAACCUGCUGGCGAACGAUGUGCACUGCACCCUCAGCACCGACAACGGGACUCUCUUCAGGUCUCGCUUAUCUCACGACUUCUACCAAAUCACGGUAGGGAAGGCAGAUAUGACACUCCAUGGGCUACGUCAACUAAUUGAGUGGAGCAUUGACCACGCCAUGAUGGAUGACGAGGAGAGGAAGGAGACCAGGAAGACAUGGGAGAAGCUAUGGAAGGAAUUCUGCGUCCAGCUGUUCGAGGAUAAUAAGGUCAUGUUGACGGAGGAGAAGGCGAAGGAGGAGAAGGCGGAGGAGGCGGAGAAGAAGAGAAAGAAGGAGGAGAAGAGGAAGAAGAAGGAGCAGGAGAAGUCCUAG